AAAACUUCCUUGUUUAAGGUUUCCCGUGUUAAAUGUUCGGGUAAAAUAUAACUAAAUCGCUAAUUUAGAGUAUCAUGUCAGAUAGCAUGUAUUGAACUUGUUAAAAUGGCGAUUUAUGAAAGAUUGGUUGUGUGUGGGAUCUGCAUCUGUACAUGCCUGUUAACACAAGAUCGUUUUUGUGCAGGUGUAGCGGUUCCAAGCGUAGAAUAUCAUAUUUCGUUAAGCAAUGAUACGUGGGAAAAUAGUAACAGUUACUGUGAACUUGCACAACUAGGUAAUGUGUAUAACUAUACCACAGGGAAGCUCUUUUUACAAGACAAAGUCCAACAGAGAAUUCCUUCAACUGGUGUUUGGAUUGGGUAUUUCAAAGCCUUCACAGAAUUUGAAUAUAAAGGAUGCGGCCAAACGCCUAACUCCAGCUCCGUUGAAGUAAUAGGCCUAGCGGAAUGCCACCAUCAUUGCGGCGGAAAAUCGUUCGGAUUAGUCGAGAAUGGUAACAAGAUAUACUGCCGCUGUGUCGAGAGCCUAACAAACAUAAGUCUCAUAGACAGAACGUGUAACUCUUUUCGGGAACUCGUUGUUGGUCGAGGAAACGUUAUAACUGCUAUAUAUACACCAUUGCUAGGCGAGAGCAACCAAUCGCUUAUCAAAAAUACAAACAACACGUCGAUGCAUUGCAAGACAUCAGUUAACAUUUCUCGAUCAUCGGCGACGUACCAGUGGUCACUUUGUAAGAAUAUUACGGAUCAGAAAGUAUGGUGUAAACUAAAUGGAAGCAGUCCAUUUCUAUCCAAUAUAACGUUUUAUAAGUGGAAUGACGCAACAGAUUACUGUGCUAACGUGACAGCACUUCCAUCGUCAGCCAACGGCUACAAUGACACACUUACAGUAACAACCAAAGCGUUUACAAAUAUUCGUCGUGAGUGGACUCUUCACUUAGCGAACGGUAGUUUCAGUGGCCCAAGAAUGUUUGCCUAUAUAGCAAACGGAUCAACAGAGAUUCAGUUUUUUAACAGUUCAAGUGGGUCUAAUAAGACUGGCUUAUGCCUUGUUCGACCACCGACAACCUCAACCGCAACAUCUACAACUGAAAUUCAAUCACCUACAACACGUUUAGAAUCACAGACGACGGUCACACCAACUUCACCCAACAACUCUACAACAACCUCUACAACUGACACCACCUUAACAAACGCUAUGUCUAGUGCUGCAUUUGAAGAAUCUUCAAGAGGAUCUUCAAUUGGGGCAAUAGCAGCAGGAGUUUCAGUUGCAGUCGCAUUAGUGGUUACAGCUGUUGUGAUCGUUCUUGUCCUCAGAAUGAAAGGACAAUUGUGCUUCAAAAACACAAAGGGUUCGAAAUUGGAAAACACAGACAACAUUCACAAUAUAUCGUUAGAGAGGACAGAAUCCUAUUCGAACGCAAACUACAUAAAUCUAGGGACCCCCGUGUUUAAUCAUACUAACAGUUGUCUGCAGAACACGGGCACCAAGGACAUUCAUGCAUUUAAUUCUAUUUUAGACAACACAAAAUACGCUUCCUAUCUAGGACCAGAUGCUCUUGUGUCAAGCAAUUCCUACGGUGGACAACAUACCAUAUCUGAAAUUUCCUAUCAAAAUAUCAAUAGAAAACAAGGACUUGCAAAAUCAGAUGCUAAUAACUACUUUGUCGUGGAGAAAGAUGGACUUGACAAGAAGAGAAACGCUACCACUCCCGUCUCAGCAUUAGUUCAUGACUACUGUGUUCUAGAGAAACAGCAAUCAGCUGUUGACAACGUAAACGGUGCUUCAAUUAACGAAAUUCAUCCAUACGUUGUUCUUGAAAAACAAGGCGAUCAACCGGCUCGUGAAAUGCCUCCAAACGAAGUUAAUCCUUACUUUAUCUUAGAGAAACAGACAGCUUGUAACUCAACAACAAUACAUACGGCGAAUGCACUUAUUUUGGAUACCGAUGAUGGAAAUAUGUAUCAAGAGAUAGAUACGAAUGACACAUACGCAGGUAUAGAUGAUUCACGAGAGAACAACAGCGACUACGAUUACACUAUCAAGGAAUUCAGGGACUCGAAAACAGACAUAUCAGACAACGUUUACAACCAUCUUAACUCUGCUGGCGACGAGUAUGAUCAUUUGGGAAAAGUGAAGAGCAACGUUAAGGCGAUGGAAAAUAAUUAUGACGUUACGUCUGAGGCCGUUAGAAAAUAAACACGGCUUCAGAUAAGAAAUAUCCCGGAUGUGUAAAUAGUAAUUGGCCUUCGUGGUUGUUUAAGACAUAUAUUUUACAAUGUAGACUUGUUUUAUAAAAUACGCACUCAUUGAUAUAUCCUGUUUGCGAUCUUAUUCUUUAAUGUAUUGAACAUUCUUCUUUAUUAUUUUAACAAACCAAAAUACCUUUCUGCUGUACCAUGCAAAUAACAUAAUAAAGUUCACGCUUACUGUUAUAAAGUAUUAUAAACAAUUAACAUAAACUAACAUUGCGCAUUAUUUUUUUCAGGAGCACACCACCAAACAAAACACCCAGUGCUAAAAUUCAUGUUAUAUUUUCUACUUCAAGCAUGUUAUCAGUAAUAUACAUCGAGCACUGUGCGUUUCAAUUCCCAAAAACAACGUUUUGAUGUGAACGGAUAUUAUUACUCAAGUGUCGAAAAAAGCUGACAUAAUAUUAUUAUUUAAGAUGUUGAAAUAGUACAUGAACCAAAAACUUUCAUUGUAUCAUUAUUGCAAUACUAUGCUUUGAGUUACAAGCGACCAACAUCCAAGAGUCAUAGUGACGCAUAUUUCCAAUUAUUUCAAAACAAAUACGAAGAAAUAAAUGAUUCAUACGUAUUAAAAUGUGUGUCAAAUUAAAUCAUUUCUGUACUAAAACAUUCAACCAAAAUCUAAACGUCAUAUAUUAUACUGGUUUAAAAUAAAGCCUUCUGAUUUAAGUGAGCAACAGAACGUCUCAUACAAACGGACAAACAUGAAUCAUAUAUGCAUGGCGCAUAAUUCUGGCUUUACAUUGAAAGAAUACGCGUGGUGCAUUGCCUACUCACGGGGAAAAUUGUAUUACAUUAUUAUAUUUAAAAGAAACAAAUAGCUAAAAGUUAGGAGAGAUGUAAUUUUUUUUUUUGUUACUUCGACGUUCUUUUAUGACGUUCGACGACACAAGACGUUCAUACAUUCGACUUUAAUUUUUUGUGUGGGUAAUCAGCAUCCAAAGUGAUACUUAAAACAAUAUUCUACCACGGUACGUGACUUGUUUUCUAUAUACAAAGAAGGAAAACUACCGUGGAUUAUUACACCGAUAUACCAACGGAGAUAAGUAUGACGUCACUUUAAUUGUCCACGCACUGUUUAUGAAUGAACACGACCUCAUUUGAUUUUCAUUGCUGUGGUGACGUCACGUUUUCGCGGAAAAAAUGGAGGACGUUCGGUCGAAAUAAUCGAGGGGUAACCGUUGGUUAUUGCGGUAAUAACCAACGGUAUUUCGUUCCGAUGCUUUUUAUCAAACCAUUCGGGCUAUGCCCUCGUGGUUUAAUUCCUACGCAUCGGAACUCCAUACCGUUGGUUAUUACCGCAAUAACCAACGGUUACCCCUCGAUGAUUAUUUCUUUAUCAAAUCGAAGUAUUGAAUUGUCAAAUGAAUAUUCCACUAAAGAACUGACCAACGCGAAUUGUAUAUAACGCUCAACUUCCGAAAACAUAUACAUUGUUACAAAAUACACCGUGACAUAUAUAUUACUGAAUACAUAUCUCCUUAUAAAGUUAUAAAUGCAACAACUUUAAUAGAAAUGAAUUAAUUUUUUUUAACAAAAUAAUAAUAAUAAUUAAGUAUCUUUUAUAAUAUAUUUUGGCAACUACUGUUAAUGUCUGUGUUUGUCUGUGUACAUGUGUUUCAAGCUGUAUGUGUUUGCGUUUCUAUAUAUAUUUGCUAGCAUAUGUGUUUUGUCACUUAUAUAUUGUCUGUUAUUGUAGUAAGGGACGUUUUUUGCAAUGCUACUGUAUAUUUUUUAUUUAUUUUCAACUAAUGUCAAGACGUGCGUUUGUUCUAAAUAGUAUGUAAAUAUGUAUAAUAUGAAUUUUUGUUAAAAUAACCUUGACAAUGCAUCUUUAUUUUCAAACAUAAUGCAACAUUGUAUUAUUUACAUUUCUUUCAAAUAUGCAUACUGGUCUACAUAUUAUUCAUUUAUUUCAUUUAACAAAGCAUAUUUAAAACUAAAAAUCGGGAUAUUGUACCCCUCAUACAAUGAUACAUGUAAAUAUGAUGAAAAAAGAGUAAAAUCAUUUCACUGGAAAACCUGACAAGUCUAAAUAUGUGCACCUUUAAUGUCAAGGGUCUUAAUUGCACAAAUAAACGUGAACCAUUUACUUAUAUAAAAUAGAAAUCGGUUGACAUAGCACUGCUGCGAUAAAUUCAUAAUCAUAACAAACUAGUCAAUCGACCUGGGACAAAGAUUGCGCAGGGGAUAAUUGUUUAAUUAGACAAAGUACCAACAGUUCAGGAGUAGGAAUUUUGAUUAAUAUAAAAAGUGAUAUACAUAUUAUCGAACAAUGUAUAGUGGGAAGAUUUCAGGUGUUUACUUUUAGUCCACAAUAACAAAAUAGCUAUUAUACAUAUUUAAGCACCACAUAAUGACGACAUUACGUUUGUUAAUACACUUAAAAAUACUAUUGCUGACCUAGAUGAAUUCUUGCCGAUAGCCGAUGGUGACUUCAUUUCCGUGCACAAUUUUAUAAAAGACAAACUGAAUGGUAGAAAUGAUACCAAUAAAAAGUGUUCUGAUAUAAACGAAUUACACGAUUUAGUGGAUAUUCAUGUAGAACAAAUAUGCGACUAUAGAACAAGUCAGUUUUAUAGUUGUGAGCAAUUGUAAAACGUAUACGAGUUAAAUGCCAGAGAUUUCCUGAUAUACUAUUGUCUAAUUAAAAGUGUGACACUAAAUUGGAAGUAAAAGCUGAACUCUUAAAACAUAAGUUAUCAACCGCCAGAAUAAUUACUCUCAUCAAUUUCAGAGUCCACACAAAUUUGCAAAUUAGAAAAUCAAAAUCUCAUACUGACGAAGCAAAUCACUCCAAUUAAGGCAAUUACAAAUUGGGAAUUAAAAUUUGACAAAGAAUUAGAAACGAAUCAAAUGUUUAUUCAUCUUUUAGACAGACACAUGAUAUCAAGCUAAGAAAGUUCCAGUAAAAAUAUAUUAUGCAAAUUAUUCCACAAAAUAGUUAUUUAUUGCAAUAUGGUUUAACACAAUCCAGUAUUUUGUAGCAUGCCAGUAGAAUCGAAUUUGCAUAUGUUUUGGGAAUGCCCUGUUAUUCAACAGUUUUAGAACGGUGUUAAGUGUAUAUCAACGAAACUGUUUAUUUGCCGUUUGUUUCAAAUUUUGAUUUUGAACAUUUAUGCGUCUGUAAGGUUUCAAACAUGUCACAGAUUGUUUACUUUAUCAUAUUUUUGGCAAAAUUAUAAAUUAUAUAUUUUUAGAAAUGAGUAUCCGAACAGCAUACCCAAUAUAAAUCAUGUUUAGUCAUGUCUUGAGAAUAGGCUCAAAAUUGAGGAGAUAAUUGCUUUCAAUAAAGAUCAAAUAGAAACUUUAAGUAAAAUUUGGAACAGUUUUUUUUUAAAGUAAGACUUUUAACAGAUAUGUUUGUGGUAUUGUUUAUUUUUGUAUUGCUUUUCAUAUUGCUAUUGCUCAAUGAGUGUAAUUAUAUU